AUGGCAGGGCGGCACGGCGGCUCGGCUGCUGGGUGGCACGGCGGCUCGGCGGCUCGGCGGUUGGGCGGCUCGGCAGCUGGGCAGCUCAGCGGCUCAGCGGCUCGGCUGCUGGGCGGCUCGGCGGCUCGGCUGUCGGGCGCCUCGGUUGCUGGGCGGCUCGGCUGUCGGGCGCCUCGGCUGCUGGGUUGCUGGCGGCGUGGUGGCUCGGCUGCUCAGCUGCUGGGCGGCUCAGUGGUGAAGGGGCCGGUUGAGGCGGCGACGGGGCCGCGAGGAGCGGCGACGGGGCCUCUAGGGGCGGCGACGGGGCCGCUAGGGUCGGCGACGGGGCCGUUAGGGUCGGCGACGUGGCCGCUAAGGGCGGCGACGGGGCCUCCAGGGGCGUCGACGGGGCCGCUAGGCUCCACCGCCACCCCCGCCGCCUCCGCCGCCUCCGCUACUGUUGCCGCCUCCGCCACCGCCUCCACCGCCGCCACCUCUGCCACCGCCGCUCCCACCUCCGCCACCGCCGCCACCUCCGCCUCCACUGCCGCCACCGACACCUCCACCCCCACCUCCACUCCCACCGCCACCCCCACUCCCUCCGCUGCCUCCACCUCCACCCCCACCGCCCCCGCUCGCUCCUCCAGCGCCCUUGCCCCCCUUGCCCUUGCCAGGGCGGCCAUGUUGCAGUAUCAGCACGGCAUGGACGACAAGACGUGA